AUGGAUACCAGGAAAUUGAAAUUGCUGUCUUUAAUACUAAUGUUGUGUUACAUAGCCGCCGCUGAGACUCAACCAUCUGUGACGAUAUCGAAUACAGAAAAUCGAUUCGAAAUUCAUCGUUCUGGCCGGGUCACGCAAAAGAUUUACAGUCUGCAAUGGCCCAACGGGUCAGCUGCGUACGAUGCAAACUUAGCAAACAUGGAACUUUUACGAAAUACGCGGAUUUUUGCGCCCAAUCAACGUUCUUGUAUAAUCCGUGAACAGGAAGAUGAAGGGAAUAACAAGACGAGAACUUUCGAACGUCUUGUGAAUGCGUCUACAGCUGGAAUUACAUUUAAGGAAAUAGCCAAGGUAGCUAUAACUACGUUAAAAUUUUUGGAAAUACAACAAUGCAUAUAUAAUCUAGGAAGAUAUAUAAGUCAUUAUUUCCAGUCCUCAAUCGGACCUGACUGUGUAGGCUGUAGCUCAGUUAGUAAACAGUAGAGCUACAAUCUUGGUCAUAACUUGUGAAGCCGUUCCAGCAAAUCAGUAUUGCAAAGUUAAUGCACAAGUUGACGAAACAGACUUUGUCAACCCCCUUUCCCCACAGUUCAAUGUUGUGAACAACGCCGAAACAGCUUUUGAUAAUUUAUCGUGAUACAAGCUCAGUAAUGGUUCAAUAAUAUAUUAUAUGGUUUAAAUAAUCUGACCAUGCACAUUGAUUACAAUACGUACAGCUUCGUCCGAUGACGAUGUAGUCUAGUCAGUUUUAGCUCAAGUCCAAAGGCAUAUCACGUAACAAUAAUUCCGCAUUAUUCCGCAUAACAUUAUAAAUGACGUCUCAACAGACUUGUUCCAACCUGUCCCUACAGGCUACAGCAAAUAAAGAAAUUGUUAUCGUUUUAAAACGGCCAACCGACGUUCGGUUAAUUAAAUUAAUAAGACUAAAGUAUGCAUGUGGUUUAUUCAGUGCUAAAAAGGUUCUUUGAUCAUGAGUGGAAAGCGGAAAAGGAUUAUGCGUGAAACCGGUUUUACUGAGAAACUUGUUGUCGCAACGUUGAUAAAUGAAUACGCUGACGAGUCUUUGAGUUUAAAUAAUGAAAACGGCAUCUGUGUCCACAAAGUGACAUAUUUCACGUGUGAACGUACGCGACAGCUAAAUAAACUUUUUUAGUGAAUUUCCUGCCUCCCAAGAAUUGUAGUCCACUAAAAGUCACUUUUUUACCAUUUAUUUAUAAAUAUUAAUUAUAGUCACAAAUCACAUUCUCAUCACUUGAGUCACUGUCUCACUCUCCUCCACUUCUGUCGAGUCCCACGCCAUUAUAUAUAUUUUAGAUUACAUCACGUUCAGUUCAUUCUCACCUUAAUUGCAUUAUUUUUCCUAAUUAUUCUGCACUAUAUUAUUAAAUCAAUACGUAAUCAACCCCAGUCUCCGACACUUUAAAUUGUUAACAGUGUAACCGCAUGGAUAAUAAAAUAAAAUAAUAAAAUAAGUUAUUUUACAAUCUAUGGUAACACCAAAGUCAAAUUGCGAUUGAUUGCCAAAUACAAUCUAAUUACUGAUAGCAAAUUCCUUCUAGAAACUUGGCAUACAUCACGUACACAGAAAUGCAAUGGCCACCCGACCGCAGUGCACUCUGGACUUCAUCAUUCCAAGAUUAAACUCAUCUAGGACAACAAAACUUCAGGGCGAGUUCUGCGUCCCCGAACACCUCACUGGUGGGGCAGCGGUUGGCGACUAUGAUAAUGAUGGACUUGAUGAUAUCUACUUUACUGUUUUUCACAGUAGAAGUUUAUUAUACAGAAAUAAUGGUUAGUUCAAGUUAUGGCCAUGUUAAGGCCCGUUUACACUUAGCCUGCGAACAGGCUCUCAGGCUCUCAAGCUGAAUUGCGAGCCUGCAUCGAUGACUAAUGAAUUUGAAUAUCUGCGUCUCAAAUCGUGACGCGAAAUUCUCAUUGGUCAGAUGCUAUAAUUUAUAUGUUUCCGCUGAGCUCUAUAUUGCAUAAAAAACACAUUAACUGAUCAAAUUGGUCUUGGCCGUCUUAUCUCAAAGCACGAAAUGUUCUGUUUUGAGAAAACAGUAUUUAAAACAUUUAAACUUAUGCUUGAAUAUCUUAUAUUUCGAAAAACAGUAUAAACUGUACGGUCUAAAUUUAGUCUGCACGGUCUAAAUUUAGUUUGCACGAAAGUUGUAAACAACACCAUAUAAGAAUAAACAUUCCAUAUUUGGAAAAGCGAACGUUACGGGGCAGAUCUCUGGGGGCAGAUAUUCAAAUUCAUUAGUCAUCGAUGCAGGCUCUCAAUUCAGCUUAAGAGCCUAUUCGCAGGCUAGUUUACACUUGCAAUUUCUAGUUCAAUUUUCGUCUUCUGAUGCAUGUGAAUGAGUGGAUGAGUUAUGAAUGUUCAGAUGGGGGGAUAUCACAUUCAUAGAAGGGUCAGAAGAUUCAUAACUCAUCUACUCGUUCGCAUGUGUCAGAAGAAGAAAAUCGCACUAGAGAUCUCAGCAAGAAUUGCAAGUGAAAACGGGCCUUUAUAUGUGGCAAUUUUGACUUCAACUUACAAUGCAUUGUUGGAUACAAAGCUAACACUUAUCUAAAAUUAUAGUAGUAAGGGAAAUGCGAGCAUUGCUCGAUCGUAAUCCACUACUCGACUGCGGUCAAUUUCUUUACAUUACGUACUCUUUACUGACUCCUAAGACGUCCGCUUUAAGGCCCGUUUACACUUUUUAGGUGCGAUUUUCUUCUGAUGGAUGUGAACGAGCGAAUGGGUUAUGAAUGUUCAGAUGAGGGUACAUAUGUAUACUCAGAUCAUUCAUAACUCAUUUACUCAUUCACAUCCAUCAGAAGAGGAAAAUCGCACUAGAAAUCGCAGCGGGACCGGCCUUUAGAGAUGAAAAAUGGAAGAAAAAAACAAUGAAAAUUUUCGGCCGAAUAAACACUGGGCCACGCACGCUCAGAAUUUUUUGCGAGUACUUUUUAGAUCUGACUAUAUAUCAAUAAUUGCGUUGCAGAUUGCAGCUGGUGAUACGGUGAUAGUCUCUAUAUCCACCGGAUAAUGAUUCCACAAGCUUUACUAAAUCUGUCAUUUGAUUGGUAGUCUAACCCAGAUUAGACUUUAGUAUUUAUAAAUUAAAGUUUCUUUUUAUCGAUUCGGUGAGGUCCGUCCAUAACAGUGAUUUUAUAUCGUUCCAGUUUUCAAACAAUUUUACGAUAGUUGAACUGUAUUGACGCGAACGGCGAUAAGACCAUAUACAGGGUGUAUCAAAAAAAACUGAACAGAUCUGAAAUUGCUCUCAAUUUCGCAAAACACCUAUUCGUAUCCGGUUUUUUAUAUAUAUAGCUUCUUUGGGUACUUAUAAUGUAGAAUAAUGAAAAAAAUUUCUCGAACUCAAAUUUUGUGAACCAGGGGGGUGUGUCUUGUCCAACAAACUAAAAAUGGCUCGCGCACAAAAUUUAAAAGUUGUAAUCAUAUUUUGAGUAAAUAGGUGGAAAAUUUGUUGGGUUUUUAAUUACUGUACAAAAUUUCAGACAAUUUGGUUUAGCUUAAGCCAUUUAACUAUUCAUUUUAUUCUAAAAAAUCAGUCUUUCGCAUGCUUAAUUAAUGCCUUUACCUAAUUUGCAUAUUGCUGACAUAUGCAAAUUAGGCAAAUGCAUUAAUUAAGCAUGCAAAUAGAUAAUUUUUAGGAAAAAUGUAACUUUGCGUGAAUAGUUAAAGGGCUUAAACUAAACCAAAUUGUCUGAAAUUUUGUACAGUAAUUAAAAGCCCGACAAAUUUUCCAUCUAUUAAUUCAAAAUAUGAUUACAACCUUUAAAUUUUGUGCGCGAGCCGUUUUCAGUUUGUUGGAAAAGACACACCCCCCUGGUUCACAAAAUUUGAGUGUGAGAAAAUUUUUUCAUUAUUCUACAUUAUAAGUACCGAAAGAAGCUAUGUAUAUAAAAAACCGGAUACAAAUAGGUGCUUUGCGAAAUUGAGAGCAAUUUCAAAUCUGUUCAGUUUUUUUUGAUACACCCUGUAUAGCUCUAUAAAUUGAGGUCAAAAGCCACAAUCAAUUCCAAAAAAUGGGGGGGGGGACGAAGUCGACCAAUGGACGUAAUUUAUUAUAGAUUAUAUUACGAAUGUCCAAAAAGUGAGGUGGAAACGUCCCCCCCCCCAGGACACCAUUGAUUGACGCGUUGAGUGACUCUGUAUCUUCUCCAUAAUAUGCAAUGCUACAUUUUUACUGUAGGUGAUAAUACGUUCACGGAUGUCACGACUGAGUCAAGGAUAGGUCCAGCAAGUUAUGGUAAUGGCGCUGGCUGGGCAGAUGUGGACCAAGAUGGCGACCUUGACCUUUACGUAACAACGGUUGGCGAGACGCGUCAUUAUCUUUAUAUCAACUAUGGCGGAUGGUUUAAGGAAGAAGCUUUGACAAGGAAUUGCUCAUUACAGUUUCCUAGCUUACGAAAGCUUGCUGGCAUGUCGGCAAACUUUGGUGAUUUUGAUAAUGAUGGUUACCCUGAUUUGUAUGUUACAGAAUGGAUACCACACACUUUAGGAAAGGUAAGGUGGUCAUAUGGUUAUACCAAGGUAGAAGUACUGUGCGUGGUUGGUAUGGUUUUACCAGGAAAAUUAAUUUAACCCAAAUAUGGAUAUUUCGAGGUUGACCCGGAAAAUUGUAACCAGAGUGUUUUUAUAGAGUUUAACGACAUUUUUUUUAAAGAAAAGGGAUUUAUCCCGAUAGAGUGUUUGUAUGGGAAUUUCUCGUCCCAGCUAGGCGGGACCCUUGCAACAAAUUCUGGUAUUCCGCCUAAGAGGCUGUUCAUAUGGAGACUGCAGCUGCAUGGCCCGGUUAACCGAGAUAAUUCGUAUAAUAAAGCUCCUAUCAGUUUGCAAACAUAUUCAUGGCAAUAUUGGAAUGGAAGUUUCUCAACGAAGCACCACAGGGUCUUCAGGUCUACCAAUUAAAUGGAUAAGAUUCAUAGAACGUCUCUAAACAGGCCCCAAGUAAAAUUUCACUAAUAGAUUUUUUUACCUGAAUGUGUUUUUCUUUCUAAACUCUAAACUCUAGCCGUCAGCUUCGCGUCUGCUACGAAACAAAGGUUCCCUUUCACCUGGGUAAGAAAUUGUGAAAUUUUAGCGUGGCAGAUAUGUGUGACCAUGGAUAAUGAAAUAAAUUAUAGUAGGAAAGUAUAAAAACUAGGAAAGUAUAGCGAAACAACAAAAAUGCCGAGAACUUUGCAAUACGCGUGACGUCACAGAUUGCAACUAGGUUGUUUUUGCUUACGUCAGCUAGAGUCCUAUCCAUUUAUUUUAUUAUCCAUGGGACCAUGGUGUGACUCAAUAUAAUUGAGGUCAAUACAAUUCAAACAAAUUUGGGUUUUGUUUUUUGUCAGAUAUUUUGAAGACGUGACGGAGAGAUAUGGCGUAGAUAUGGACAAAUUUAACUUUGAAAAAUAUGACUUAAGCUCAGGAACAUAUUCAUUUGCUUCAUCGUUCACUGUAAGUCCGCCUGCAUGGAAUGACACUUUUUUGUGCACCGCACAUUUGUUAAAAUGUGCACCAGAAUUCUAGUAAAUACAUUAGCAGGAGCAACGUUGCGCACGGCACAUGUGCCGCACGGCACACCACCUUCAUUCCAUACUAAGUCGCUAGUUACUUUGCCAGAUAAUUAAGUUAUGUAUCAUGCAUAAAUUAUGCAUAAAUUAUGCAUAAAUUAUGCAAUGAGCAAAUUACGCAUUCAGUUUACUCUGCCCAGCAAAGCAAGACAAACAUUUGCUAAUUUCUCAUCCAAUUUGCAUCCAAAUGUAACCAAAAUGUAAUCAAUUUGUCCUUGGGCAAAUUUUCGUAUUAAUACGUUUGUCGUUUGAUAUAUUUUAAGUUAUUGUGCUGGCAGACAGGUGAUUCCAACUAUACCAGAAAAUUGAGAUGGAUAGGGAUUUAAAUGCCUGAAUCUUCCCCUUCAAUUUUCUGGUGUUUUUGGUGCUACCUACCCUGCCACAGAUCGUUCGAGUUUUGUAUUCCUACGAUAUUCAAUCUUGCCGCAGUCGCAUGUAGGAAUAGCUGAAUUCAUAUUAGAAGACGGAUUUCUGUCUUAGACGGGAAACUCGUGUGACGGAUUUCCGUCUGGUAUGAAUAUGAAACGAAAACCAUCGGACGGAUUUAUAUCUGGACGAGUUUCUCGUCUUAGACGAGUUUCCCGUCUCAGACGGAAAUCCGUCUUCUAAUAUGAAUUUAGCUAAUAUAUCUAGUGCUUGCGCUUCGAUAAAUUAUAUUUCUGGAAAGAUUUUGACCAUUUAAGCCUGGUUUCUACGAUCCAUAUGGUCGUAACGGUCCCAAAAAUAGAAUCACGAUCUUUCUCAACUGCCAGUUUGUAAUAGUUUAAAUACCUGUAAACCACAUAUAAAUCGUAUUAUUUUAUUUUCUAGUUAUAAUCACUCCGCGUAUUUUCAGUUCCAAAAUGUUGUAUUUCGGCUGACGAGAAAGAUUGUGAUCCAAUCUUUACGACCGUUACGACCAUAUGGAAACCAGGCGGCUUUAUUGUAGAGUUAAAUUCCUAGCUAUUGUUAUAUAUGUUUAUAGGAUUUUGACAAUGACGGCAAAGCAGACUUGCUGGUGACGGCUGACUUUGGGGAAAGUCGUAUGUUCUGGAAUAUGGGAACUAACAAAUCAUUCUGGGAAUGUACGGAACAUUGCGGGUUACGUGGGGAACAGGUAGAAACAUCCUUGCGAUCUUCAGUCAUAACUUGAAUUCCAGAACAGUCGCCUGUGCACAGGCUGCAUAACGAGUUAUGAUUGCAUUAUAAAAUAUAUCCUGUCGCUGCCUUAAUUUAAUUAACAGAACACUUGACAUACAUCCGUAACCGUAACCUUUCCGAAGAGGUCAAGGGCGCCAGCACAAAGUGGCAGUGGCUUCUUAUAUAGGCCCAGUUUAGACGGCGCACUUUUCUUCGGCAGGUUUUGAUUAAGUUUCGACACGACCUGAAGAUGCGACAGGAGAAGUCCUAUUAUGCGACACAGCUAGGUUCGACAUUGAUUUAGACACCGUGCUUUUCAUGCGCCGAACCAGGGUUGCCAGGUAGUCUGAGCCCGAAAGAGCCAAAUGAUACGUGAAAAGUAGCCAAAUCCGGCCAAAAGAAGCCAAGAUCGAAAUUUAGAGUAGGGACUGUGGCUAACCUAAUUAUACGAAUUAUAUACCCAUAAAAACAAUCGCUAAUACCUUUAUAUUUGACAUAGUGACUAAGAAUUCCAACUUCGUCAACUACGGAUAAAAAAACAGUAUUAAAGAAAAAACGAGUAUUUUAUUCAUUUUCGUUUUCCCGCCGUUUGCAAUCUAAUUCCCCGAGCCUGCGAUCCUCGGGAAGGAACGUGAGGCUCUGGGAUAAUCCGUUGCCGGAAGCCAGGAAUCCUGGCUAAGAUUGACCUGCACAUUCCAUUUCAACUGCCAACAGAUUCCUCCUUGAAACGGAUUAUCCCAGAGCCUCACGUUCCUUCCCGAGGAUCGCAGGCUCGGGGAAUUAGAUUGCGCCGUUCGAAGCGAAGUGCCGAACCGCGUAAGCCCGGGGAAAGGGUACUAAUUCCGAUCGGAUAUUUACGUACAUCCGGAAUCCCAGAUAAUGUGAUCAAACAUAGCAGAGUUUAUAACUAACUUUUACUGAUAGAUGGCAGACUAUUUUUUUAAAAAGUUGCUUAUUUCAGUAUUUAUUCAAAAAGAAGCCAAAAAGAGCCAAAAAAUAGAAGGAAGCCAAACGAAAUUUUUAGUAGCCAAACGAAGUCAAAAGAAGCCAAAAUCGAGAAAUUUGGCUCUUUUAACGCCAAACUGGCAACCCUGCGCCGAACCUAAUGCAUAAUUAUAUUUUAACAUUAUAAUAUGAUUAUCCAUAGCCUAUCGAAGGGAAGAUGGCUGUGAAACUCAUUAGAAUAACAAUAUAACUCAUUAUCUAUGUUGGUCAUCGUUUAUUCAUAAAUCUGGUCCUUUACAGUCACGUGAGUAUUGUAUUUUUGCCCAACUACCAAUAACAUGUUUCCAGUUUCCAUAUUGUUCGAGUCACGGAUAGGUGACUUUCCUAAAACAAUAGUGAGCUUAAGCCGAAGUGACGUUUUUGACAACACGAACGGCAUGAGUAACGUCAGAAGACUGGGUCAAGGGCUGUGAUUGGUGAAAAACGUCAACUUUACUUCCGGUCGACGUCUGUGUUGUCAAAAACGUCACUUGCUUAAGCUCACUAUUGCUAUUGGUUAGUUGGGCAAAAAUACAAUACACACGUGACGGUGAAGGACCAGAUUUAUGAAUAAAUCUUGACCAACAUAGAUGAGUUAUAUUGUUAUUCUAAUGAGUUUCACAGCCAUCUUCCAUUCGAUAGGCCAUGGAUUAUCAUAUAGCGUUUUCUAUAGACUUAUAAUAUAGUGUCCUCCCAAUUUGGUACGGUACAAAUAAGUUCGACGUCUAAAUCAGUUUCCGAUAUAAUUUUGCCGUAUCUAUAUACGACAAGUUCGGUGCAUGAAAAGUUCGCCGUCUAAAACCAAGCCUAAGUACUCACGAGGGAAAACUGGAGCAAUCCUGUACCAUUAUUAGGCAUUGGGUGUUCAUGGCGAUAAAGCCGGAUUGGGUUUAAUACGACUUUUCGCGCUUUCAUGACAUGAUGGCUUUGUUUCAUUGGAAAAUAAAGGGAGAGCCUAUUAUUUUCUACUUGAACAAAUAUAAAUUGCACUGAUCUAAGAACAACGAACGAAGGACGUCAUACAGUUGCAAUAUUUUCAUUUAGUAUUGCAGAUACAACGAUAGAUACAGCUGUUGUGAUGUGACUGACAACUCUCGUGCACCCUCAUCCUCGUUUGAUCGGGGCUCUUGUCUGUCAAGACGGCUUUUUGACCAACUUUCUUACGCUACCAAAUUUUAGCUACUGCAGUUUUUACCUACAAACGUUUAAAGAGUUUUUGAGGUAAAUCACCUUGAUUGUCUAUAUAUAGGAUGCAAUGGGUCAUGCUAUUGGGGACUGGAAUAACGAUGGUCUAAUGGAUUGGUUUUCUACAGCAAUCAAAGACGAAAAAGCAACCUGUGCGACUGCUGGCUGUACAUUUGAUGAUGGUGGAAAUAAAUUGUAUCAAAAUCGUGGUGGCAGACAGUUUGAUGACGUCACUCAACAG